AUGGAUUUAAUAUGUACUGCUAUACUUGUGCCUGUCAAACAUAAUGCUUAUAGAACAGACAAAACCAUUGUAUCUCAUCUGUACAAAAACAGUUUAGAAUCAAAUAUGUCAAAGACAAGUUCCUCCAAGUCUGGCAGUGGUGAUCCAAAACAUGAUUCUCGAAUAUUCAAAACUAUUGAAUGCAUUCACACCACUGGAAGAUAUUCUGAAAAUUUGGUGUAUAAAUUUUUCGAAACGAGAGCACUUCCUCAAAAAGCCGACGUUGUAUUAGUAAAGAAAAUUCGCGAGGAUCGGGAUAGCAUCCUUUGGGGUGUGGAUUUAUGGAGCACAGACGUAGCUAUACCCACUCAGAAAUCCCAAUUCAUAAGUCUAGUGUCGCUAUUGGAAGCACUUUACACUGUCAAAGAUUCUGUUUCCAAUGUUUUGAAGAUAAUUACCUCAAACACGUCACCAAGUCAAUCUCGUUCUGAUUAUUGCAGAUUACCCCUCCAGAACCUGUUAAAAUUACAAUUGUUGGGAAACCGAUAA